AUGGCUCCCAUGAGGCGAGCCCCCAGGAUGAGGCUGCCCGAGCUGCUGAUUUUCCUGGCCGACUGGGGAGUCACCAACGCUGGACAAGGGAAGUUCUGGCACGUCUCUGACCUGCACCUUGACCCGGACUACAGGGUGUCUGAAGACCCCCUCCAGGUGUGCCCAUCCGCUGGCUCCCAGCCGGUGCCCAAUGCGGGCCCCUGGGGCAACUACCUCUGCGAUUCUCCCUGGAUCCUCAUCAACUCCUCUAUCUACACCAUGAAGGAGAUCGAGCCACAGCCAGAUUUCAUCCUCUGGACUGGCUGCCCGGCGGUGUUUUGCAGUGAUGACACGCCCCACGUGCCCAACGAGAACCUGGGAGAGGCGGCCGUGCUGCAAAUUGUGGAGAACCUGACCAAGCUCAUCAGAGAGGCCUUUCCAGGUAAGACUGUGCCCCAGGUCCCCACAGCACUCCCUGAUGCCCAGGCGGUGCCUGGCACAGUGGGACAACAACGGCAGCAAGAUGCAGAGGAACGACCUUCACCCGUGGACAACGAUGGCUGCUGGCCAAGUCCCGGGCCAGGCACUUCACAGCGAUUGUGUCUCACCUUCCAACAACCCUUGGCUGAAACUAACUCCACUAAGCACUUUUGCAUAUAUAUUCUUAUAUAUUUCUUUUUCCUCCCAGAUAUUAAAGUCUAUGCAGCUUUGGGAAAUCAUGACUUUCACCCCAAAAACCAGUUCCCGGCUGGAAGCAACAAUAUCUACAAUCGGGUAGCAGAGCUGUGGCGACCCUGGCUCAGUUACGAAUCCAUCGCUCUCUUCAAAGAAGGUGCCUUCUAUUCUGAGAAACUGCCGGGGCCAAGCGCGGCUGGGCGAAUCGUGGUCCUCAACACCAAUCUGUACUAUAGCAACAACGAGCAGACGGCCGGCAUGGCCGACCCUGGCCAGCAGUUCCAGUGGCUGGACGAUGUGCUGACCAAUGCGUCCCGAGCUGGGGAAAUGGUGUACAUUAUCGGCCAUGUGCCCCCUGGGUUCUUUGAGAAGACGCGGAACAAAGCGUGGUUCCGGGAGGGCCCCAACCAGCAGUACCUUAAAGUGGUCCGGAAGCAUCAUCGAGUCAUUGCAGGGCAGUUCUUCGGGCACCACCACACCGACAGCUUUCGGAUGUUCUAUGAUGAUGCAGGUGUCCCCAUCAGUGUCAUGUUCCUUACACCUGGGGUCACCCCAUGGAAAACCACGUUACCUGGAGUGGCCAACGGAGCCAACAAUCCAGCCAUCCGGCUGUUUGAAUACGACCGAGACACACUGAGCCUGCAGGACAUGGAGACCCACUUCUUGAACCUGAGCCAGGCGAACGCGCUGGGGGCACCGCGCUGGGAGCUCGAGUACCGGGUGACCAGGGCCUACGGCGUGCCCGACGCAGGCGCCCGCUCUAUGCACGCGGCGCUGGGCCGCAUCGCCAGCGACCAGGACGCGCUGCAGCGCUACUACGUCUACAACUCGGUCAGUUACGACACGCUGGCCUGCGACGAGGCCUGCCAAACUGAGCACGUGUGCGCGCUGCGCGAAGUGGCCUUCGACGGGUAUGCCGCCUGCCUGCGCGCCCCCGGCGUCGCGCCCGCGCCCCGCCUCGCGCUCCUGCUGGUGGCGCUGCUGGGCCUGCGCACGCUGCUUGUGCCGUGA